UUCAUACGUUCUGCGGCAACGUUCAAGGCAUCGAAGAACGUGCCGGUUACAAAAAAUUUUGACAAAUGUUAUUUACACCGUGUAAACCGAUUUUUGGAUUUGUUACAUUCUUUUGUUUAGCUAGGAGUAUUAGCGCUAAUACUUAUAAAAAUAUGAGUAACUUGGCAGGGGUUCAUUCUGUUGCCUAUGUCACUGUUCCAACGCAGGAUGUUGCUAAAAAAUUGGCGCAUGGCAUAGUGAAAAGUAAAUUGGCUGCGUGUGUUAAUAUUAUACCAGGUCUUACUUCUGUGUAUGAAUGGAAAAAUGAGAUCGUCGAGGAUAAUGAAUUGCUACUGAUGAUAAAAACCAGGACUGAUACUGUUGAUGCUCUUACAAAAUAUGUUAAGGAAAAUCAUCCAUAUGAAGUUUGUGAAGUAAUUUCUUUACCUAUUCAGAGUGGAAGUGAAAAGUAUCUUCAAUGGAUAAGCGAAGUGGUUCCACCUAUUGAUAAAAGGAGUUCUAACUAAGUAAGGAGUUCCAUUCCAUGUGCAUCCAAGAGAAACUUAAGUUGUAAUUACAAUAACAUUUAUUAUAGUCCAAAAGUAACAUGAUUCAUUUCCUAAACUUCCGUUACGAAGAGUUAUGAUUUUCUUAAAAAAAGAAUACAGUUCAUUAAAAUAUAAAUUAAAAGCAUUAUAAUUUGAUAAAUUUGAACACAUGUAUAGCUGCAUAUAUAUAUGAAUAUGUAUAAAUGAAUUCUACACUACAAAUAAAAAAUUAAUAGUUAUACAAAUAAAAAAAUUG